AUGCAGUUCUCGGGAGAGGGUCUUUUUUUCCACUCGCCGUUUAAUUCGCCCAAAAAACACAUGUUUUCAUCGAGCAAAGGGCUGUUUAGGGGCCACCCAUGUCCGUCGAUAGCCGCAGGCCAGUUUUGUCGUCUUUUGUGCUGUCCAUUUGACCAUCCGGAGCGUGUCAAGAGGGAGUCCGAAAAUGGCUCUGAUUCGGCCGAGAUGGUGAAGAGAAGGAAGCUAGAAGUCGGCCAAGGGGUGGCUCGGGUGGCUGGAGAUUCGAGCGGUGGAAAGCUGGAGCUUCCAGGAGCCCGGCAAGCUUUGAACCAGCGAGAUCGGCCCGAAAUUGAGGGAGUUGGAGCGAGUCCAAAAACUGAGGGAGGCCGAGCAGAAGGAGCUGAGAAGAAGGAGUUUGCUUCAUCGCAGUCAAGUCAAAAGGAACAACAAGAGACACCUCACGCCAGUGCUACACCUCAAGCCAGUGUUUCACCCCAAACCUCAGCUCCACCUCAACAUGUUUCGUCAUCAGUAUCCGAGGAUGUUCUGAAACAGGGGAAGAACGGAAUUACAUCAAAGUCGGAAAAAAGCUCGGUGAAACAGCCCGGAUCACGCGACAUAUAUCAACCGUCUUCAUCACGUGAGCCCCCUGUAUCGUCAAUUGACACACGUACGUCGUCCAGCCCAAAAAGUGCUCUGGAGGCGGUCAUGACUACAUCUGCAUCUCCCUCUCAGUCGCGGGAUGGAUCUAGGAACACAUCUGCAUCUCCGUCCUCGUCCCGUGACGCCGAGCAUCUCAUGCCCACCACCAUCUUCCCCUGUCCUGCCACGGUUCCUCAGCGAAUUGCGUAUCUCAAGGCGAUUCAUUCUGCUCUUACAGACAAGCGAAAACUCAAGUUUCCGAAACGAGCUGCGAUAUUGGAGGAGUUGGCUGCGGCUAAACGCAGCGCAGGCAACUAUAUGGUCUAUACCAACGAGUGCCGUGUGCUGGUGAAGAGCAUCAAAGACGGCUCUUGGAGGGGCGGAAAAGCAGGUGGUACAAAGACGGACAGUAAGACUUCAGGCCACAUUACCAGUUCGAUCAGCAAUCAACUGGACAUGCUUGCUUCCAAAACAAAACCUCUGUUGGCUCAAAAUGGAUAUCCCGUGAAUCCUGACCCCCUGAAAUCAGGUCUGCCUUCCAACAUUGGUAUCCAGCACUGUGACCGGUGCGACAAGGCGUUCGAUGUGCCCAAAGUAGACAACUAUGGCAGUUGCAAGUAUCAUUGGGCACGUGCGCGCAUGGGAGGCAACUCAACCAUGCCUGAAAAGUUUUACCCUUGCUGUAAUCAGCCGGUGGGGAUGUCUGAGGGUUGCGAGGAGGCUCCUCGACAUGUUUACAAACUUCAUGAUUUGAAUGAUUUGGCCUUUGUGAUUCCCUUCAGAACGGUGUCUACCAGCGAGUCAUUAGAUACAUCUACAUCUACAUCCACAUCUACCUCUGCAACUACCUCAGCUCCUUCUGCUAAAAGCACGAAAACAGCAUCGAGACCCGCUAGCACCCCAACCAAAAGUCUCACAUCGUCGCUAGACCUGGAAAAGUCUAGACAACCCUUCAAUAAGGCCCGUCGACCAAGAACCAUCUUCAACGGCCCUGCUGUAAAUCAACGAGAGCCAGACAUUACUCUGGAGACCAUGAAGAGAGGGAUCGGCGAGUCCCGUGGCCAAGCUGAUUCUCAGGAACGUUCUUCUGAGCCACGUGAGCGCUCUGCUAGGGUACGUGAGCAGCCUUCUGGGUCAUGUGACCAAGCCGGCUCUCUGCAGACCUCUGUCGUGGCUGUCGACUGCGAAAUGCUGUAUACUUCUCUUGGAAUGGAGCUUUGUCGGGUCACGUGCAUCGACUACCAUGGCAAGAAGACACUUGACCGAGUAGUUAGACCGACAGGACGCAUUCUUGACUACAACACGCGAUUUUCCGGUAUUUCCGAUAUCAACGAACCUAUCAUCACGGAAAGCGGCGAGAAAGGAGACAGUAUUUCGUUUGAAGAGGCGCAUAGACUGAUUCUCAAGCUGAUCAAUAAGCAGACGAUUCUGGUUGGUCACGGAUUGGAAAAUGAUCUAAUUGCCAUGCGUCUUAUUCACGACAGAAUUAUCGAUACAUCUAUUCUUUACCCUGAUUUCAAUCCCAGGUAUAAGACCGCCCUGAAGACGUUGGCUCUGAAAUAUCUCAAGAGAACCAUUCAGACCGGCGAGCAUGACUCCAUGGAGGACGCUCUAGCUGCUCUGGAUGUGGUCAAGUGUCACUUGAAGGGCUGA